ACCCACACCCACAUAUACCCCACUGGAGGUCCACAACAGAUCAUUUGUACCCUGGACCACCAUGGACCCACGCGACGUUCUGCUUGUUUUGCUAGUGAGUGCCACCUCAGUCCAAGUUUCUCUUCAAGGUGAACAUGAGGCAAGACUGUACAAGCAGCUGUUGGGGAACUACAAUAAACUGGUGAGACCAGUCGCCAAUGAGUCUCAGACGCUCAUGGUCGAAGUCGGCCUAAACCUCAUGCAAAUCAUGAAUGUGGAUGAGAAGAACCAAGUGUUGACAACCAAUAUUUGGUUUGAAAUGAACUGGAAUGACAAGAUGCUGCAGUGGGACCCAUCUGAGUUUAAUGGAGUGUCCUCUGUGAGAUUUCCUUCUCAUCUCCUUUGGAAGCCAGAUGUUGUCCUUUAUAACAGUGCAGAUGAACGAUUUGAUGCCACCUUCCAUACCAAUAUUUUGGUGCGCUCCUCGGGAGACUGUAUUUACCUACCUCCAGCGAUCUUCAAGAGCACCUGCUACAUCGAUGUCCGCUGGUUCCCCUUUGACAUCCAGAAAUGUGACCUCAAAUUUGGUUCCUGGACUUACGAUGGCUGGUCUGUCAACUUGACCAUGUCGGAGGCAGACAUAAGUGGCUACGUCACCAAUGGAGAGUGGGACCUUGUUGAGGUUACAGUAAAGAGGGAAGACCAAAUCUAUCCGUGCUGCCCGGAGCCAUAUCCCAACGUCAAGUACACCAUAGUGAUGCGCAGACGGACCCUCUUUUAUGGACUCAACCUGCUGAUCCCCUGUAUCCUGAUCUCCAUGCUGGCGUUGCUUGUCUUCCUGCUGCCUGCGGACUCGGGAGAGAAGAUCUCACUUGGAAUCACAGUACUGCUCGCCCUGACCGUCUUCAUGCUGAUCGUUGCGGAGAUUAUGCCGGCCACAUCGGACUCAGUACCUCUAAUAGCGCUGUACUUUGUCACCACCAUGGUCAUUGUUUCCAUUUCCAUAAUUGCCACAAUUGUGGUCUUACAAUUUCACCACCAUGACUCUGAUGGAGCCAGGAUGCCAAAGUGGGUACGUGUCUUCCUCCUGGAUUGGUGUGCCUGGUUUCUGCUCAUGAAACGUCCAGAUGAGGACAAAAAGAACCCGCAGAACAGUCUGAACGGCAUAGACACUAAGGCAGGUGUUCCAUCCUCCACCAAAGAUGAGGAUCAGGCUUUCCUCCCCAAAGGUCAAAGCUGCGCAGCUGACAGCGAGGAGCCAGAUCUCGUCAAGAUCCUAAACGAAGUGCGCUAUAUCGCCAGGCGCUUCCGUGUGCAGGAUGAUGGAAAGAGGGCGGUAAACGACUGGAAAUUUGCCGCGGCUGUAAUCGACCGUCUCUGCUUUGUGAUUUUCUCGCUGGUCAUUAUCCUCAGCACCUUAAGCAUUCUUAUGUCGGCACCAAACUUUCAUAAUGCCGUAUCCAAAGAUGCUUUCGCUUGAGAACUUAGUCAGAAAAUAGACUACAAGAUGCCCAUCAUUUACCUUAAAGGCCUACUGAACUUAUAUUUUCUUAUUUAAACGGGGAUAGCAAGUCCAUUCUCUGUGUCAUACUUGAUCAUUUCGCGACAUUGCCAUAUUUUUGCUGAAAGGAUUUAGUAGAGAACAUCGACGAUAAAGUUCGCAAAUUUUAGUCGCUAAUAAAAAAGCCUUGCCUGUACCGGAAGUAGCAGACAAUAUGCGCGUGUGACGUCACGGGUUGUGGAGCUCCUCACAUCCUCACAUUGUUUACAAUCAUGGCCACCAGCAGCAAGAGUGAUUCGGACCGAGAAAGCGACGAUUUCCCCUUUAAUUUGAGCGAGGAUGAAAGAUUCGUGGAUGAGGAAAGUGAGAGUGAAGGACUACAAAAAAAAAGUAGACGGCAGAGCCAUUCAGAUGUUAUUAGACAAAUUUACUAGGAUAAAUCUGGAAAAUCCCUUAUCUGCUUAUUGUGUUACUAGUGUUUUAGUGAGAUUAUAUGGUCGUACCUGUGCAACCUGAAAGUCGGAGGGGUGUGGUGACCGCCAGUGUCUCCGAGGGAAGCCACGUUUCUCGACGAGGCGAAAGCAGCCGUUGGGGCUGGGCUGAGAUUUUUUUUUUUUUUUCCUCCUCCACGGUGAAAGCAUCCGACGGUCGGGGGCGGCCGGUGAGAGGGGGCAAUAGAGUCGCAGCUACCUCUUCGACAGGUGCAGGAGGAACGACGCAAGCUCUCCGCUCAUGUCUACGGUAAGAGCAGACUUAUUACUACCAUUUUCUCACCGAAACCUGCCGGUUGACAUGUGGUCGGGAACCAUGUUCGCUUGACCAAUCUGUUCCAUAGUAAAGCUUCACCGUUAUCUUUCAGGAAUGUAAACAAGGAAACAACACAAACUGUGUUUGUGUUGCUACAGUUUGUGUUGCUAAAGGCGGCCGCAAUACACCGCUUCCCACCUACAUCUUUCUUCUUUGACGUCUCCAUUAUUAAUUGAAAAAAUUGCAAAAGAUUCAGCAACACAAAUGUCCAGAAUACGUGACGUCACGCGCACGCAUUGUAGAGGACAUUUCCGCGUGAAAUUUAACAUUUCAAUUUAGUAAACUAAACCGGCCGUAUUGGCAUGUGUUGCAAUGUUAAUAUUUCAUCAUUGAUAUAUAAACUAUCAGAUUGCGUGGUCGGUAGUAGUGGGUUUCAGUAGGCCUUUAAAAACAGUUUGCGAUACCGUAUUUUGUAGUCUAUUAUGUAUGAGACUUGCGUAUCACCAAAUAUUGUAAUUCUCAUCUUGCAGUGGCAUUGCAUGCAUUUGAAUAUUUGUCCUAAACUUUGCCUUCUGUAUAACAAAAUAAUACUCUAUUUACCACAACUGUAAACCACCUCAGUUUCAUUAUUUUCUAACGAAUAUGUAAACAAAUUAAAUUACAAAGCAUUGCUAACCAAGAAUAUUUUAUGUUUAAUCACUGUUUUAUGUUUCUACUAAAAGUGCAUCCAUACACUGUACACUUGUGUAUCUCUCUUUCUGCUUGAUAGUACUUAAAAUAAAACUGUUGCAACAUGCAACUUUAUUGAUA